ACACACACACACACACACACACACAGGCAGAGGGGUGGCAGAUCCACGCCGGGGCCGCCGUGACAGAGACAAGGAGCUGCUCAAACAGACUCACAAACACACAUGCUGACACUGAGCUGUCCAUAAGAUGGAUUCUUAUUCACUUUGUUGAUACGAGCUGUUUAGUGCUUUUGUAACAAAAUCUUUAUUUUUUAGAAAGUUUGAGCUCUGACAGUGCGUUACAUCAUGGAUGUAGUGACACUGAUCAGUUCAGCGGGGGGUCGGGGCCGCGCUCAGAAACUAAAAACAAAAUUAAAGUCAUACAAUUACGAGAAUACAAAAACAAAGUCAUAGUAUUAACAAGAUAACAAGAUAAUUUUAGGAGAGGAAAGUUGUACGAGAAUAACGUUGCAAUAAUACUAGAAUAAAUAUUUGAGAAGAAAGUUGUCAUAUUUUUGAAAAUAAAGACAUAAUGUUGACUUUAUUAUCAAAUCAUGACUUUAUUUUCAGAAUAAAGUCAUGAUUUUAUUACCUUAUUCUUGUGUCUUUAUUCUCAAAAAAUUACAACUGUAUUCUCGUGUUAUUUCGACUUUAUCCUCGUGAUGUUGUGGCUUUAUUUUUGUCAUUUUAUUACAUUUUUUUCUUAGCAUGGCCCUAUCACUCCGUCGUAGUUCAGUAUGGUCAGAUCUGGUGUUACUAUAUAAAGCAGUAUUAUGUUGACCUGCUGAAUUAAAUGUGUCAUGUUGAAGUUUUGUUUAAAUUAGUGUCUUUUUGAUUUUCUUUUUUUUUUUUUUUUUUUGCUUUUAUUUAUCGUUCCUUUUCCAGCUCGGUACCGGUUAGUCAAGCCUCCUGUGAACUGGACUGUAAGGUUUCACUCCUGGAGGAGUUUUCUUCCAUUCUGGCUCACCAGGUGGCCCUGACUUGUUUGAGGACUUUGGCCUGUGUGCUGUGUCGCAGGCCAAGCGCUCAUUAUGACUUGAGCAAUGGUCCAUUGUUUGCCUCUGAAUGAGGGCUCUCUGCCCUAAUCUGGCAUUAGACUUCAGAUCUGCUCAACGUCUCUUACACGCAACAAAUAUGCUCACAUUCCACAGUCCGGAUGAACCGUCCUGCCUGUUUACCUCGCAAACCGAAGCUCCAAACAGUGCUGAAUCAGCAGGUUCAGAGAGAGAAAAUGUGAAUUGAUGAAUUGACGUCAGUUUCUACAAAUGAAUCGUGGGCGACCUUUUUUUCUGGAUUGCCAACGGGACGUGGAACCUGAUUACAGCGGAAAUAUAAACAGCUUUGUUUUGUGGGCUUUCACUGAGCCAACAAACCUCUUUGGACCUCAAAUUUCUAUAUAUUUUAAAAGCUGACUAGGAUGAUUGGCGAACACAACAGAUCAGAUCAGGGAUAAACGUAGGGCUGCAUUUAAAGUCAUUUCAAGAUAUGAAACAAUGUUUCAAGCCUGGACGCAAUUUAAUCAGGCGCUCAAUAAAGAGUGGUAACAAAAAGCAACAUUUGUUGAGAGGAAAACCAUAAACACUCUCAUUAGCAGUUUGCAAUAAGCCAUAUAUAACCAUGUGGAAGAAAGCUCUGGUCAAUGAAGCUUACCGCAAAACCUUUUUAUAAAAAAAAAAAACUCGAGUUGUUUUUAAAUCGCCAUGUCUCCAUUAAGCCUCCUGUGCUUAUUGUUUGUUUGUGCAGCUUUUCAAGCAUCUAGCAGUUGCACUAACGGACAUCCGUAGCCGUGAUCUGCCCGUUUAGUCUUUUCAGCGAUCCAGAGACAGAAAUUCACACCCUCCACCGCUAAUCCUUCAGACACGAAUAUCUCCUGCAACGGUAUGUCGACCAAGUGAGUUAAAAACGAUCCGUUAACUCUGACAGCAACCUCCGGGCAUGUGCAUGCGAUGUGACCAUUUUAUUUUCAACCGCAGAGGCUCGUAACAGCGAGCGCUUUGUGGAGUCCGGGGUCAGGGGCGGCAUUGAGAGGGGCGGCAGACAGAAGGGCAGGAAAUAAGAGGAGUAGGAGCUUUGAAGCAUGCAAGAAAAUCUCCUAUGAGGCUGAUGGUGGAAGUAAUCAGCUGCUGGGCCUCCUAAAGCAGCAGGCUUGACUGUGAAAGGAAAGGAGCGGCUACUUGGCAUUGGGCUAGUGUGACAUCUAGUGGCUAAAAGGCAGAACGCAUGGGCCACACUGAAUCUUACCUUUAAGAGCCUCACGCCUGGUGUGUCAUUAUUGGAUGUUUGUCUUUCUAGGUUUUUAUGGUUGGACGUGAUGACAUCAACUAUAAGUAUCCCGGGUUUUUAAAAAAGCCCCACAUGUUCCUGCCACAGCCUUUCAGCUUCCCUCUUUGUUUCCCUCUGUGUCACCUUGGAAAAAUAGCAGAAUGCUUAGGCAGUGUGAUUUGUUUUCUUUUUUUGUUGUUAUUUUGCUAAACUGUUUCCAAAAAAAAGAAAAGGGGAAGUGGCAUCGUAGCAGGGGAAGCUGAUUAGCAUUUCUGUAACGACUCAAUGGCCCAGAGUAAACAUUUACACUGCUGUACGCACACGACACAGGGAGUGAGGCCGCUUUGACACCUGUUGAAGAGAGCUCGAUGAUUACAGAGGGAAGAAAAUAAAAACGUUCAGCUUGGGCAGCGAGCAGCCUGCCUUUGCUCAUUCUUAACCGCACGUGCAAUCGAUUCUGUGUCAGCCUUUGCUAUUUACUCAGUUGUUAGGCAGUCGGUGACGUAUCAAACGGCAGAAAAGCACCCCGCCAGACCUAGAAGGGCAGAGCUUCCCCUUCUUCCCCUCAUGAUCUCUCGCCUCUGAAACCAAGAGUCAGCCUGCUCGCAGCAAGGUGCCAUCUCUUCGUGCAGCUACGCAGGCAAACCACAUCAGUACGCGGGAUUUGCUGACUUCAGAAGCCAACGGACAAGUCUCUUUGUCUCGUGCAAAAAAAGUGCACAAGAAAGAGGAAGGAGAGGAGGGGUGUGUGUGUGUGUGUGUGUUUGCUACUGUGCAGCCGGAGGAGGAGUGUGUGUUGAUGAAGCAGUCGGAGCAUGCAGAUGCCAGCACAUGCUUCUGGUUCUGGACUCUUCCUUCAGCGUCCGAUGAUGAGUUCAAGAGAAGACGCGGCAACACAAGAACGUUCCCGGUAGCGGGCCACCGGAGUGGAGCGGCGGCGCGGAGGAAGAAAAACACCUGCUCGAUACGAAACCGAAAGUUCACGUGAGGAUGUGGGGCUAUGUGGACGGCCGCGUUCGGUUUGGCAAAUGUUUGAAACUGGCAAAACGUUCCCCACUCUGCUCAGAAUGAGUUCAUUUGAAAAGGUUUCACCUUUUGUGAAUUUGUAAACAGGAUCAGACCAACUUUCACGGUGUUUAUUUUCAGUACUUUACAGUACUUCUCUUCCUUCUCUCUUUCAGUGGCGAUGCUGACUAAGAACAUGAAGUGAUACACACCGCCCUCUGUGGUGUUUUUAUUCAAUAAGAGAACAACAACAUAAUGACUGUGAAUGAAACUGGACCCACAGAGGGGUUCUCAGGCAACCUCUCCCACCCGUCCUGCAACCAUGACUUGUCCUGCUGGGAGCAGACGAUGGACAAGAUGUACACCUACUUCUACCUGCUGCUCUUCGUCCCUGGCCUCUUCCUCAACACCACCGCUCUCUGGGUCCUCUGCAAACACUUCAGUAAGAAGACCAAAGCGGUGAUAUUCAUGAUAAACCUGGCCUUGGCAGACCUGGUCCACGUCCUCUCUCUGCCCCUACGGAUCUAUUACUACUUCACACACUCCUGGCCCUUCGGAAAAGGCAUCUGCUUGCUCUGCUUUUAUCUCAAAUACCUGAACAUGUACGCCGCAAUCUUUUUCCUGGUGUGCAUCAGCUUGCAAAGAUACAGGUUCCUGCUCAAGCCGUUCACCGCCCGCCGCUGGAGGCGUCGCUACGACCUGCUCAUCAGCGUGGCGGUGUGGGUGUUUGUCGCUGUCGGUUGCUUGCCUUUCAUUCUGAUGCGGAGCAGCGAGAGCGGCAACACCAACGAGAGCCUCCCCCAUCACUCCUCCACCCCCGCCAAGCCGUUGAGCAUGGCGUGCAGUCCAAACGCCAGUACCACAUCCAGCAACGGCAGCUGCUUCAAAGACCUGCCCACGCGGAAGAUCUCCGUCCCGCUGGCUGUCAGCCUGAUCAGCAUGUGCGAGCUGUUUGGAUUCCUGCUCCCUCUCGUCUGCAUCAGCUACUGCUCCAUCCGCAUAGCCUGGUCCCUCAACCACAGCCAGCCCCAGGACCGGCAGGACUCCGCCGCUCCCGGCCCCUCGAUGCGCAGCAGACUCCAGUCCUUCACUUCCAACGGCCACGCAGACAAAAGCCACGAAAAGCCCGCCAACAGCAGCGAGAAGCGGCGGGCCCUGCGGAUGGUCCUGAGCUGCUCGGCUCUUUUCCUGCUCUGCUUCGCCCCGUACCACAUCAACUUUGUGCUCUACCUGAUGGUCUCGCAGAGGUAUGUCGUACGCUGCGCCACCGUGCUGGCCGUCAAACAGUUUCACCCCAUUUCCCUCUGCUUGGCGAGCAUGAGCUGCUGCCUGAACCCUCUCCUGUAUUACUUCCUGAACGCCGAAUUCAGAAUGCACCUCAGGCGCACCUCGUCCUUCACCAACUCGAUCCUGUCCUCGCUGAGCUCCCCGAGAGACUGUCCGACGCAAGCCAAGCUGCUGAGGAUGGAGAGCAUCUGUUCCGAGAGGGAUUAGCAUCGCAGAGAGAAGAUCCCACUGGGCCUUGCAAAAGUAUUCAUACUGCCUCUUGAACUCUUUCACAUUUGUGAGACAGAGGCCCAAUCUCAAAGUGUUCAAUUGCAAAGUCAAUUCUUUUUAAGUCAUGUGUGAUAUAUGUACAAAUUUCAUAACAACUGAAUGUGACAUGGUUACUUGAUUGUGCUGUAAAAAGUCACUAUGUGCCUCGAAAACAUAAUACUGCCCCUUUAACAAGUUGGUGGCGUCCAUCUUUCCAUCCGUUCCAAUUGGCUUUCCAGUUUCUGAUGAGUGAAUGUCUUCCCACAGCAUGGUGCUGCCUCUCCCAUGUUUCACCAAGGGAAUGAUUUGUUCAGGCCAAUGUCCAGCUUUAGCAUUCCAACACACAUUAUGCUUGCUUGUAAGCCAGAAAGUUACAUUUUGGGGGGGGUUUCUGGCCGGACCACAUCUUUACUGUGUCCCGUCCACAAACCUGCUCAACAAGUCCUGCUGUCCUGCCUGUCCAUAUUUCCCCACUGUCACAACCAUCGUCAUGGCUUGUGGCAAAAAGUAAAAGAAACUUCUUAUAGUGUAUGCCACUCUUCCAUGAAAGUCGGAUAUUUAAGAACCUAUUCAGUCAACACAUUAUCCUACCUGAGCUGUGGAUCUGUGAAGCUCCUCUAGAGUUACCAUGAGCCCAUUGGCUGCGUCUCUUGAUUAACGCUCUUUUUUGUCCGUUUAGGACGCCCACAUCUUGCCUCCCUUGUGGUUUUGCAAUACGCCACCCUAAUUUUUAGAAAACGGUUUGAACUCUUUGAGAUCUUCUGGAUCGUCAAACUUAUCCACAAGUGUCUACUUGAAUUAUGUGCUUGUGUUUAGGGAUGCACGAUAUUAUUGGCAUGGUAUCGGUAUUGGACGAUGUUAACUGUAAUAUUUAACAUCGGCCAUUCCAUCAAAAUAACUCACCGAUGUUUUUAUAUGACAAACCAGGGACAACGAUGCCUGCAGCACAACUUCAUAAACUGUUAAGUAUUAAUGCACGACUGAUGUGCUUUUCACUUGUUGCUUGUGAACAGGUUGAGUUUAGUUUUGUGAAGAUUUACAAACUUGCACUGUUUGAGCGUUGUCAUUGUCUGAGAGAUAAUGUCAUGAAUAAAUUUGACAUAAAAAUAAUGCUAGUUGGAAGUGCUACAUGAUAUUCAGCCUCCCUUUAGAAUUUGCAUUCAAUAGCAGGCUAAAUUGGCAAAGAUAAUGGCAAUUUUCAUUACACAGUAGAGAAAGCCAUGGAAUUUCAGUAAGUAGGUAUAGAAAAAACAUAUUGGUAUUGGUAUCGGUUAUCGGCCAAGUGAGUUUCAGUACAUCGGCAUAUCGGAUAUCGACCAAAAAGCCGUCCCUACAUCCUUAAUCUUCAUGAAGCUGUUCAUAAUAUGAAUAACAUCUGACUGGUUCCACUGGUUUUUAUUUUGGGGCAUCACAGAAAGAACUCUGACAGCAUACAAUCUUCACGCAUACGCUUGAAAAAAUAUACUUUUCCUUCCACUUUCCAUCAACGCACAACUAAAACAAAUAAAUACGCCGACGUCUGUGACUGUAUGAAAAACAUCCUGAGGCACAAAUUCUUGGGCAAGGCUCUGCUGUCUUCAUUCAGGUACUAUUUAAGCUGAACUGAACUGAAAUGACAUGUCUUUAUGCCAAAAAAAAAAAAAAAGGGCAACCGCCUGGGAGCAAAGCAGACUUUAAAUCUUGCAGUUUGGCGUACGCCGACAUGUGAGGUUAGGAUUUGAUCAAAUGUACCCAGCUCUGAAAAGCUGCGACCUGGAAGAAAGGAGGAAUAAGAAACAACCACCUCACGUUUCCUCAUAAUAGUUCUCAAAUGUUUGUCUCCAGGCCUGUUAGUCCCCUGCGCUGAAUGUAGAAAUUUCAGAUAAGCUAUCUGACAGAAACCACAUGUCAGUGUAUUGCAAUUUACUGUAAAUACAAGCGAUGCUUUUUGUCUUAUGUGUCCGUUAA